ACUACCAACAUGUCUUUAAUGCUGUCUCCUCAGAAUGAGAGGUCCAGUAACAAAAUUGAACCUGCAACAAAGGAAGAGAGUGAUACAAACAACAUAAUCCAGUCAGAUGGUGAUCAAUCCAGCUCUGGGUUUUGUGGAUACCUCCUUACUUUUUUCUCAAUUCUUCUUGUCAUUUUUACAUUUCCUUUCUCAGUGUGGGGUUGUAUUAAGGUCGUCCAGGAAUAUGAGAGAGCAGUUAUUUUCCGUUUGGGAAGACUCCGCGGCGGUGCUAAAGGACCUGGGUUGUUCUGGAUUAUUCCAUGUGUGGACACAUUUCGGAAGGUAGAUAUGCGGACAGUGUCUUUCGACAUCCCUCCUCAAGAGGUGCUGACCAAAGACUCUGUGACUAUCAUGGUGGAUGGCGUGGUCUACUACCGAGUCUUCAACCCCACUGUCUCUAUUACCAAAGUAGAGAAUGCUAAUCAUGCCACACAGAUGCUGGCACAGACCACUUUAAGGAACAUGCUGGGUACCAAGAGCCUGGCAGACAUCUUAAAAGACCGUGAGGAGAUGUCAGAACAGAUGGAGGCAGUGCUGUAUGCCGCAUCCAAGAACUGGGGUAUCAGAGUGGAACGGGUAAAUCUUAAAGAUGUCAAACUGCCCACCGCUUUGCAGAGAGCAAUGGCAGCUGAAGCAGAGGCCUACAGAGAUGCCCGGGCCAAGGUUAUAGCUGCAGAGGGAGAGGUGAAUGCCUCGCGUGCUCUGAAAGAGGCGGCAGAUGUGAUGUCACAGUCACCAUCAGCUCUUCAGCUGCGUUAUAUGCAAACACUGACGGAGAUAGCAUCAGAAAGGAAUUCUACCGUGAUCUUCCCUGUUCCUAUUGACCUUAUUUCUCAUUUCAUGCAUAGGUGA